AUGUCUAAAAUACCAAGCCAGCAGGUGGUCAUUGUUGGAAUCGACGCAAAUGCGAAGAUGGGACUCGAACAGCAAUCCGAUGUGCUAGGAAAAUGGUACUAUGCAGCGGAGCGCACGUCGGACAACGGUGACCGUCUGGUCGACUUGUGCGAACAGAUGAGCCUCAUCAUCGCUUCCGAGUUUAAGAGGAAUCAUCGACGCCAUCAGCUCACAUAG